AAUAUGUCUGAGAGGCCUUGGAGUUCUUCUCAACUCAGCAAUGAAAAUAUCUACUGGGCCUCUCCCUCAAGCAUCUUAUGUAAGGCUGGUAUACCAAAUACAUAAUUUUGCUUCAACAUGUCUUUUUAUUCACGGAUGAAUAUAUUGUCAACAUACGAAAGUAUACGCCACUUAACUCGCAAAACACCUUUUGUCACUUCACACGACCUAGCCAAAAUGGUUUCAAGAACAUGCAAUCACCUAGCAGGUGUUACGAUUAUUCUGAAGUGCGAGAACCUUCAGUUGUCCGGCUCCUUUAAAUACCGAGGGGCUCUAAACAAACUGCUUCGAUUGAGUCCCGAGCAAUUGGAUCGUGGUUUGGUGACAUAUAGCACUGGAAACCAUGCUCUGGCCCUUCUGAUGGCCACAGAACAGAUGUCGAAAGUCCGUGGACAGACCAUACCAAUCCAGAUCUACGUCCCUUCAUCAGCCUCAAAUGACAAAAUUUCCGCAAUAAAAUCCUACUGCACCUCUCCCACCACAGUUGUCCUUCAAGAAAAUGGACUGGACUGGUGCGCAAAGGAAGCAAUGGAGACUUGUAAAAGUAUGAGGAUGACAUUUGUUCCACCGGCCAACGAUUCGGACAUAAUACUGGGCCAGGCAACAGCUGCUGCAGAAUUCCAGGAUCAGCUUGCAGCCGACCAUCUUGGCGAGCUCGAUGCAAUAGUUGUACCGUGUGGUGGAGGGAGUCUUUUAUCCGGUUGUGCGUCUUGGUUUCGAGGCGUACCAACUCAAGUCUGGGGCGCCGAACCUCAAUUUGAUGGCCCAGGCCUCCAUGCAAGUUUGAAAGCCGGUAUAUUAUUGCCAAAACAAAAGUCUAUGGGAAUGACGAUCGCAGAUGGACAGCGGACAACACUCAGCCCCACGAGCUGGGCAAUCCUGCGCGAUCAAACAAAUCUUCAAGAUUCCGUCGUCGUUACAGAGGCGCAAAUACGCAAGUCGAUGUCACUCUACCAUGGAGAAUUUGGUGGCAUCAUUGAGCCAAGUUCCGCAGUUGCGAUGGCAGCAUGUUUUGAGGUUGCACAGCGUCAAGUGGCAAUUCACAAUGCUACCACUGCCACGAAAAUUGGCGUGAUACUCAGUGGAGGUAAUAUCAGUGCUGGAACGUUUCAUAGAUUGGUAAACGGACACUGAAGGAGAGUAUUCCAUAUUGGCUGGGUGGGUAAGCGUUGAUCUUAAGAGAUCUUUGGCCCUGCUGGUUCUCAUGGCAUUUCUCUGGCCC